GGCCUGGGUAGCUCAACCGGGAGAGCGUCAGACUUUCAAUCUGAAGAUCAAGGGUUCGAGCCCCCAUCCAGGCGGGAGGGAGGGUUCCGCCUUCUUGAGGCGGGGGCUCCUCUGCAGCCCCUCCCCGGGGCGGCGAUCAGGCAAGGCCGGGGAUGCGCGGCCUGCGGGGACCAUGGCCGGGCCGGGGCUGGCGAGCCGCUUCCAGCACCGCUUCCUGGCGGCCCGGCAGCUCCGCUCCUUCCCCUGGCCGGAAUUGGAACAGAACCUGCGGACUUCACCGGAUUCCUCCCUACUCGUGGACAUUCUCCACAAGACCAUUCUCCACCCUCUGUGUGUAAAAUAUCCCCCCUCUACCAAGUACAGAAGAUGCUUUCUAACUGAACUCAUCAAAAAGCAUGAAUCCACAGCAGCUGAACCCCUUGACGAAUUGUAUGACACACUGGCAGAUAUUUUAAACGAAGAAGAAACUACUCACUGUUACAAAAACUACUUACUGCCCACAGGCGACUGCGUUACCCUUUCCGAGAGCGUGGCAAUUAUCUCUGGAGGAACCACUGGGCUCAUCACAUGGGAUGCUGCUCUUCAUCUCACCGAAUGGGCAAUAGAGACCUCUGCAGUUUUUAGUAACAGGACAGUCUUGGAAUUAGGAAGUGGGAUCGGCUUCACUGGAAUUGCAAUCUGUAAAACCUGCAAUCCCAAAACAUAUAUAUUUAGUGACUACCACCCCUGUGUUCUCAAACAGCUGACAGAAAACAUCCGUUUGAAUGGCUUUGCCUUGGAGCCUGAAACUACCCAGCAACCCCCAACGGAGUCCUUAGGCCAGGAGGCAAAAGCAACAAAUUACCAAAAACCAAAACUAAUUGUUACGGAACUUGACUGGGGCUCCGUUACAGAAAAACAACUGUCAGAUCUUCAACCUGAUGUCAUCAUUGCAGCAGAUGUGGUAUAUGAUCCAGAAAUAAUUUUAGCCCUUAUUGGUAUGCUACAAAAACUCUCCAGUUCCAGAGCAGAUAGAAAACCUCCUGAGGUCUACAUUGCUUUCACCAUUCGAAAUCCAGACACGUAUCACCUGUUCCACGCUGAACUUGAUAAAGUUGGGAUCAGAUGGCACGUUAUUCCAGCCCACAGCAACAGUAUUUUUCUGUAUGACAUGCAGCCAAAUGUAACUAUUCUACAGCUGUUUAUAUAGACUUGGAAAAGAUGACAUAACUAGAAUUUUCAGACCAAGAUGAGCUAUCUUGUCCUUGCAACAAGAUUAUCUUGAGUUCUAGAAAUGGACACGAGAGGGACGGCGGAUACCACUAUGCUUGGACUGUUGUCAGAGUGUUAAAUUUCUUCCUAUAAUUGUCAGCAUGUAUGCAAGCAAGCUGCUGCCACUGAGAAGUAUCUGUGAACCUCAAGCAAGAGGAAAAAAACCCACCCUAAUCAUACUGCACUUUGAUCUGUAAAAGGCAACAGAAUUGAACUAUUUGGGUUUUUUCAACUGUGUUUUGAUUUGUAAAUAACGGAGGCAUAUCUACAGGAUCACAGUAUGAAUAUCCCACUGACAAGGGAGGAAAACAGUUUCACAGUAAUAAAUAUUUUUUAAUAUUAAAACCA